UUCUGAUAUGGGUAGUUGUGAUCUUUCAUGGAAACCAUACAAAGCUUACUUUCUUUGACUGUCUAUCUUCUCUCUGUCUUCCUCUCUCUAAAAUUCUUUCCUUCCCUUCCUCUCUCUCUCUACAUCUCUCUGGGUACAAAAGUGCCUUAUAAAGCUUGUUAUUCCAAAAGGGUGUUUCAUAUUUCAAGCUUUGAAUUGAUCAAACACCUCGUGGAUUGGAAAAACUGCAGCCGUUGAAUCAAACCAGCGUUCCAAUUCCGUUCAAGAAUAUCUUUGUCACUCCUAACUGAAUAUAAUAAGCAGGCAUAUAUAAGGAGGGAAGGUGGUCAGAAUCAGAGACAGCUUGCAAUUAACUUGGUGAGAGAGUAGACAUCUUUCGCUGAUAAUUUGAUUGGGAAAUAGAGAGAGAAAAAGGAGCUAUUCAAAAUUUCUGUUCUAAUAUUGUUGGAGAGGGCUUUCUUUCUUUGAAUUGGAGUUUGUUAUGGGUUUAUCCACUUCUUUAUUCUGGUCAGCUUGGGAGGAAAUUGUGCGAUAUAGGUUUUUCGGUUUAGGCCAGGACAUCAAUCUCACAUCUGAGGACCAAGAGACGACAUUGAGAACUGGUAGUUUCAAGAAACCAGAUUUACAGAACACCCCCAAGGCAAAUGGAUCUGACAAGCUCAUUAGAAAGAAUUCGAUAAGCUGGAAGGCCAGUGAACCUUUAAAAGCAAUGCUUGAAACAUCUCUUUCAUUCAAGGGUCUAGUUCAAGACAUAAAGAAAUCACAAUCGAAUGAUUCAGAUGCAAAAGUCAAUGGGUUAAUUCACAAACCGAUUCCCACACUUUCUCUUCCUGAACCGGCUGUAUUGGUUUCUCCAAGACCCCUGUGUGAGCUUGAUGCUGCUGCAGUUAAGCUUCAGAAAGUAUAUAAGAGCUAUCGGACUCGAAGAAACCUUGCGGAUUGCGCAGUGGUGGUUGAAGAGCUCUGGUGGAAGGCAUUAGACUUUGCAGCUCUAAAACGUAGCUCUGUUUCAUUCUUCAACGAUGAGAAACCAGAAACUGCUGUUUCACGGUGGGCUAGGGCAAGGACAAGAGCUGCCAAGGUGGGAAAGGGAUUGUCCAAAGAUGAGAAGGCUCAAAAACUGGCCCUACAACAUUGGCUGGAAGCUAUUGAUCCACGCCAUCGGUAUGGGCACAAUUUGCACAUGUAUUAUGAUGUCUGGUUUGAAAGUGAAAGCACACAACCUUUCUUCUACUGGUUGGAUGUUGGAGAUGGCAAAGAACUGAAUAUUGAAAAGUGCCCAAGGAUCAGUCUACAACGUCAAUGCAUCCAGUAUCUAGGACCAAAAGAGAGGGAAGCAUAUGAAGUAAUUGUUGAAAAUGGGAAGCUUGUGUACAAACAAAGUGGUAUUUUCGUGGAAACCAUCGAGGGUUCUAAAUGGAUAUUUGUUCUUAGCACAUCGAGGGCUUUGUAUGUGGGACAGAAGAAGAAAGGUGUGUUUCAGCAUUCAAGUUUUCUAGCUGGUGGUGCCACCACGGCGGCUGGAAGAUUGGUUGCCCACAGUGGUAUUCUUGAGGCUAUAUGGCCAUACAGUGGUCACUAUCACCCAACAGAAGAGAACUUCAGGGAAUUCAUUGGCUUCCUUGAAGAGCACCAUGUAGAUCUCUCAAAUGUUAAGAGAUGUGCAAUUGAUGAUGACUGUCCUUCAUUUAAGGUUCCUGAAGAGGAAUCUCAGCCAAAGCCAGUGACGGGUCUUGCUACCACCACACAAUCAGUAGAAAUAAGCACAGCUGAUAUAGAUGGUCCAGCAAGAGAAAGAGCAAUUGCGGCAGAUAGUCAAGAAGAUGAGGACACUAAUGAUGUCAAUGAGGAUGCACCAGUCUUUAGCAUGACUAAACGCUUAUCAUGCAAGUGGACUACAGGAACUGGACCUCGCAUUGGUUGUGUUAGGGACUACCCAACUGACCUACAAUUCCGUGCGCUUGAACAAGUUAAUUUGUCGCCUCGGGUGGUUUCCGGAUCCUUUGGUACCUAUGGCCCAAUUCCCUCGCCUCGACCAAGCCCAAAGGUCCGGCUCUCUCCUAGGCUUGCAUACAUGGGACUCCCUAGCCCUAGGACCCCCAUUGCCAUAGCUAACUGAGCUAAAUGGGUAAAUGAGUCAACAUUGCUGGCACCUGAGCUACCUCUAGAACUCUCAGGAUGACCUGUUACGGCAUAAAGGUCAAGAAUAAAGGAAAUAACUCAGAUUUGUUCCUUGUUUGUUUGUUAGAAUUUUUUUGUAUAGAUAGCUGAGGUAAAUCAUCUAUCACCCAGUUUUGGCUCCGGUUUUGUUGGAGGUUGUUGGGUUUUAAUUAAUUCUUUCAUCUCUUGUAAAGGAAAAUAAGGCUAAUAAUUCUUACUGAUAAUGAAUCUCUCUCUC